AUGGUCGCUGCCGUUGUCGACGCCCAGCUGGACGCUCUCGAGGCCUCGUUGCUCAACACGAGCGGCAAUGUCCCCCUCCACGACCGCUUCCGCUCCCUCUUCACCCUCAAGUCCUUCAAAAACGAAGACGCAGUGCGCAUCAUUGGAAAAGGCUUCGCCGAUGACUCUGCCCUCCUCAAGCAUGAGCUCGCCUACUGUCUCGGCCAGAUGGGCCAGCCCUCCGCUCUCCCCAUCCUCAACGCCGUCCUCGAGAACAUGUCAGAGGACCCUAUGGUCCGACACGAGGCCGCCGAAGCGAUGGGCGCGCUCUCCGCUCAGUCGGCAAUCCCAGUGCUCAAGGCGCACCUGAACGACCCGAACCGGAGCGUGCGCGAGACGUGCGAGAUCGCGCUGGCCAAGAUCGAAUGGGACGCGUCCGAUGAGGGCCAGCGCGUGCGCAGAACGCGUGAGGACCCCGAGUCGAUACCAACGUACACCUCGAUCGACCCCGCACCAGCCACAUCGACGCUCCUUGCGAGCAAGGCGCCCGCGGACACGUCCGACGUCGCGAUCGCGGGCUUGCGCGCGGCGCUCCUGAACACCGAGCUGCCACUGUUCGAGCGAUACCGCGCCAUGUUCGCGCUGCGCGACAUCGGCACGCCCGCCGCCGUCGACGCGCUCGCGUCCGGCUUCAUGGACGACAGCGCUCUAUUCAAGCACGAAAUCGCGUUCGUCUUUGGACAACUGCUCUCCGCGCACUCGGUGCCCGCGCUCAUUAAGGUGCUUGAGGACGCGCGCGAGGAGGAGAUGGUGCGCCACGAGGCGGCCGAGGCGCUCGGCGGGAUCGGUACGCCUGAGGUGCGCCCGCAUCUCGAGGAGUGGCUGCGCAGGGAGGACGCGCCGCGUGUUGUGCGCGAGAGCUGUCAGGUUGCGCUGGAUAUGUGGGAGUACGAGAACUCGGACCAGUUUCAGUAUGCAAAUGGGUUGGAGGGCGCCAAGACUGUGGAGGUUGCGUCGUGAGUCUCGAGUGUCGGAUGCUGUGGACUUUUAUUUGCUUUUAUAUUUUUAAUAUCACGGGUUCUGACGGAGGACUAUGGAUGCGCUUCUCGGUCAGCUGUGGAUCGUGAGUUUCAGUUGACUGUGGUUUGAAUCAUGCACUGCUUGAAGUGCUGGAGAUGGUCGAGCGAUGGAUGGUCGUGGUAGUGAUGCGCAGUCAAUCACGGUUGUACGCGACCCUGGUGCACC